GCGCAGAAGAUGGCGGCGGAGCGGCGCGGCGGCGGCUCCCCCAGCGGCCGGAGGGACGCCCAGCGCCCGGCACCCGGCGGGCCGCGGCCGGCCUGAGACCUCCCCGCCGAGCCAGGGGGACUCCCGCCCGCCUGCCCUCCCUUCCAGGAGCCGUGCCCUGCCCACGCCGACCCGCCCGCCGGGGCCUCCCUGCAGCAGCUGGAGGGUGUGCUUGUUGGCUUUACUCUUCCUGGCUUCUGAACAAAGGUGCUGCUGAAAAGGUUCAUGGUGCUUUCACUCAGUCUGCAUCUGGGACAACACAGCUCUUUCUGAGACUGCACAGACACUUCUGGAGGCUGCAGAGAGAAAGUGCCACCAUGUGAAUGCCAAACAGAACCAGGACACCUGGGAAGGCUGAGCUGAAACUGGUUGUGCAGAGGACAGAGAUCCAGGACAUCUCCUCCUCCUCCUCCAAAAGACUUCCCCGAGUGAGAGGAGAGGACCAGGAGGAAGCACCCAGAAGAGCGAUGGGAAUUGAGGGCCAUGGUUACUUGAGAUAAAUGGCAGAUCCCUGGGAGCUGAGCCUGGUAGCUGUGUGCUUUAGCUUUGUCUCUCUCCUCAGCCUCUCUUUCUUUUUUGCCAGCUGCUGCUGGGUCCUGCCAGGGCGACACUGGAGAUUCCCAGAGCGAGGUGGGCUCAGGGCGUGAGGAGGGGGUGGGCAGCCCGUCCCACCAUGAUCCAGCUGUGGAAAGUGGUGCGGCACGUGCGACAGCUGGAGCUCCACAGGUUGAUCCUGCUGCUCAUUGCCUUCAGCCUGGUCUCCAUGUGCAUCCUGGCUUACUACGUCACCAACAACCCCAAAAUCAAGGAGCCACCACCCCUGCCCUUCAGCGACUGCAGCAACCAGCACCGCGUCGCUGUCCCGCCGCAAGCCAGCUGGAGGCUCACCAAGUCUGUGGACACCUCCAGGACGGAGCCCGUGGUGCUGGUGUUUGUGGAAAGCAUUUACUCCCAGCUGGGGCAGGAAAUUGUGGCUAUCUUGGAAUCCAGCAGGUUUAAAUACAGGACAGAGAUAGCCCCGGGCAAAGGGGACAUGCCCACCCUGACAGACAAAGACAGAGGACGCUACGCUCUGAUCAUUUACGAGAACAUCCUGAAAUAUGUGAACCUGGAUGCUUGGAACAGAGAGCUGCUGGAUAAAUACUGUGUGGAGUACGGAGUGGGGAUCGUAGGCUUUUUCAAAGCCAAUGAGAACAGCCUGCUCAGCGCACAGCUCAAGGGUUUCCCCCUUUUCCUACAUUCCAACUUGGGCCUGCGGGACUACCACAUCAACCCAAGUGCUCCCCUGCUCUAUGUCACCCGGGCUAACGAGGUGGAGCAGGGGCCACUGCCUGGGGACGACUGGACAGUGUUCCAGUCCAACCACAGCACCUACGAGCCAGUGCUCUUGGCCAGCACCAAGUCCUCGGAGUCCAUUCCUCACCUGGCUGCCCACAAAGCCUUGCACGCCACGGUGGUGCAGGACCUGGGCCUGCACGAUGGGAUCCAGCGGGUUCUCUUUGGUAAUAACCUCAAUUUUUGGCUGCACAAACUCAUUUUCGUGGAUGCCAUCGCCUACUUGACCGGCAAACGCCUCUGCCUGACGCUUGACCGCUAUGUCCUGGUGGACAUUGAUGAUAUAUUUGUGGGGAAAGAGGGAACACGCAUGAAAGUCUCCGAUGUCGAGGCUUUACUGAGCACCCAGAAUAAGCUGAGAACUUUAGUCCCAAAUUUCACCUUCAACCUGGGCUUCUCAGGGAAGUUCUACCACACAGGUACGGAUGAAGAAGAUGAAGGGGAUGACAUGCUGCUCAAACACAGGAAGGAGUUCUGGUGGUUCCCUCACAUGUGGAGUCACAUGCAGCCUCAUCUUUUCCACAAUGUCACUGUGCUGGCUGAGCAGAUGAAGCUCAACAAGCAGUUUGCUGUGGAGCAUGGGAUUCCCACAGACUUGGGCUAUGCAGUAGCCCCCCAUCACUCUGGGGUUUAUCCUGUCCACACACAGCUCUACGAGGCCUGGAAAUCCGUGUGGAGCAUCCAGGUAACCAGCACUGAGGAAUAUCCACACCUGCGGCCCGCCCGCUACCGCCGGGGAUUCAUCCAUAAUGGAAUCAUGGUGCUGCCUCGACAGACCUGUGGUCUUUUCACUCACACUAUCUUCUAUAAUGAGUAUCCUGGUGGUUCAAAGGAGUUGGACAAGAGCAUUCGUGGUGGUGAACUCUUCCUGACAGUGCUCCUGAACCCAAUCAGCAUCUUCAUGACCCACCUCUCCAACUACGGGAAUGACCGUCUGGGGCUCUACACUUUCGAAAGCCUGGUGAAGUUCGUGCAGUGCUGGACCAACCUGCGGCUGCAAACGCUGCCCCCUGUCCAACUGGCAAAGAAAUACUUCGAAAUCUUUCCCCAGGAGAAGAACCCCUUGUGGCAGAACCCCUGUGAUGACAAGAGGCACAAGGACAUCUGGUCCAAAGAGAAAACGUGCGACCGGCUUCCCAAGUUCCUCAUCGUUGGGCCUCAGAAAACAGGCACAACAGCCGUGCACUUCUUCCUGACCAUGCAUCCAGCUGUCACCAGUAACUUCCCCAGUCCAUCCACCUUUGAGGAGAUCCAGUUUUUUAAUGGACCCAACUAUCAUAAAGGAAUUGAUUGGUACAUGGAAUUCUUUCCCAUCCCCUCCAAUGCCAGCACAGACUUCAUGUUUGAGAAGAGUGCCAAUUACUUCGACACCGAGGUGGUGCCCAAACGCGGGGCAGCUCUGCUGCCUCGGGCCAAAAUCAUCACAGUGCUGAUCAACCCUGCUGACAGAGCCUACUCCUGGUACCAGCACCAGCGGGCUCACAACGACCCCGUGGCACUCAAUUACACCUUCUACCAAGUGAUCUCUGCAAAGCCCCAGGCCCCUCAGGAGCUGCGCAACCUGCAGAGCAGAUGUCUGCUCCCUGGCUGGUAUUCCACACACCUGGAACGCUGGCUCACCUACUACCCCUCAGGCCAGCUUCUCAUUGUGGAUGGGCAGGAGCUGAGACACAACCCUGCCUCUGUGAUGGACAACAUCCAGAAGUUCUUGGGAGUUACACCACUCUUCAACUACACCCAAGCCCUCAGAUUUGAUGAAGCCAAAGGCUUUUGGUGCCAGCUGCUGGAUGGAGGGAAGACAAAAUGCCUCGGGAAGAGUAAAGGAAGAAAAUACCCUGACAUGGAUUCCUCGUCACGGCUGUUCCUGAGAGACUUUUACCGGGAGCACAACAUCGAGUUAUCCAAACUGCUCAACAGGCUGGGGCAGCCCCUUCCCUCCUGGCUCCGAGAGGAACUGCAGAACUCCAGCUGGAGCUGAGAGGGACUCCCGUGUCCCCAGUGUGUCCCCGGUGCCACGGGGAGGUGUGGGGCUGCAGUGUGUGCUGUGAUGCCAUCUCUUGGCAAGCCACAAAACCACCGGACGCAGGAGCAGGAGCAGAGAAUGUGCAGGUGGAGCCUUUCCACACCACCAGAAAGAGCUCUCCUGCCUCUGGCACUGUCCUGGGGCAGGCUGCAAGUCACAUUCUUGAGUAUUAAUGGUGCAUUACACUUGGACUGUCACUUACAGGAAGGCUUUGGAGUGCCUGCCCUGCUUGUGGCAGGGGAGAGAGAAAACAUGGUUAACACUUUAAUUUACUCUUCUUGGUAUAUGAAACAGGCAGUAGCUGGAGGGCUCAUGUGUCACCCCGAGUCCAGAAGUAAAGACUUCAGAAGUGAGUUCCUGAGCUGCAGAGAAAGAGCACGGUGUCCAGGGGCUGUGGUCAUGAGCACUAGAGGUAAGGGUAAGCUGCAGGUACUGACAGACACAGAAUUAAUUUGUUCUCUUAGGAAAAAGGUUGGCACAUGUGGCAACAGGGCAAAUAUUUCUCUGCAGGGACUUGAAGGCAUUUCAAAAGCUAAGCAAGGAGCAGUGUGUCCCCUUAGAGCUGUUUGGAGGCAUGUUAGUGGAGCACAGCAGCUGGGGCAUGAAAAGCUCAGGUACUGAAAAUAAAGGCUGAGCCAGCUGAAAACAGACAAUUCAGCUUCUCCGUGUUUGAGUAGCUUAAGAAAAUAAAAAUAAAAAAAAAGGCAGCAUUAUUCUCCUCCCAACAGCCCCAGGGCCACUACCACCUCUGCUGCCAGCUAGCAGCUGUUUUAAUCCCCCUGCAGUCCCACAGCCCAAGGAGAGCAGCAGAAAAACCAGUUAGGAACAAAUAUCCCUCAGAAAUCAAGAGCAAGCUCAGAGUUAGAAGUGGUUUGCUGCAUCCCAAAGGGGGUGGUUGGGUUCCUAAUUCUGCACACACUCAAGUCCAGGAAGGACAAGGGCUUUGCCUCCUCCUGCAGCUGCUCAGUGGUUACUCUGUGAGGACACCUCCAUCCUGGGUGUCCCUGUGGGGUGUUGCUGGAGUUGUGUGGGUGACAUCACCCCUCAGAGGCACAGCUGCUCCUUGGAGAUGGCUGCAGGUCCAGAGGAGAGGGGCAGAUCCAGCUGGACACAGGUGAUGGACACUGCCACAGCUGUCACCAGUCUCUUACCAGGGGAGAGGAGUUGAUUCAACCCAGCUGUCCCACUGAGCCUUAGGUAUUGUGUGUUUUGGGAGGAACGGUGUGUUUACCAUUGUAUGUAAAUGUAUAUAUAGUCUGCAACAUAGUAUUUUAUUUCAUCUGCCCUUGGAAAGGGUUAUUUUGUGCAGCCAAAAAAAAAAGAAAAAGGACAGAAAGACUGGAAAGCCCUCUCUGACUCCUGUUAGAGAGAAGAGCCCAACUUCCUGCACUGGAUUCAUGUACAGCAUCAUUCACAUUGAAUGAUAAUGAAGAAAUUCCUGGCUCCUGAAGCUGAGCACAAGUGUCUGAAUAAAGGCUACAAGGAGGAGGACGUGGGUUCAAUAAAUGUGAGACUUAUUUUUC